GUAAUCACUCCCUGAAUCAGUUGUUAACAGAAUCUCGAUACUAGUUUUGAUGAUCGCAUUAGCAACUUGAGCUUUCGACGCAUACUCCGCCAACAUGGCGCCCACUUUGAUCAUCGUUGCCUCCAUUAUCAUCUUCCCAUUUCUGACUUACUAUGCGACUUCAUCGUUGUUCUUCCGGAGAGCCAACAACAAUUCCACUGGCAAAGCGCCCCCUACAAUACCGUAUUUCAUACCCGGUUUAUUCCACGCUGUCAGCUUCACACAAUCAGGUGCUCGAAAAUACUUCGCGGAGCUCAUCAAAGAAUAUGGCACCUUUGCUCCAUUCAAGGUCAAGGCGGGACCGCGUUCAUAUGUCGUCCUACGAGAUCCGACUCAUAUUAUCAGAGUUUUGGACGCGCCGGAGCAUCUAACCGCAAACACAGUCAAAGUCGAGAUGUUCGAUAAGCUGUUCGGCUCGCCACGAGCUGCAGAGCAUUUGCACCAAACCGAAGCAAGCGACCGCAACGAUCAUGAAGUAAGCACACCCGAGCAGCUACCCUUCCACAUUCCGGACACUACUCUCGCCUCAGCAACCGAGGUCUACAUAUCCAAGCUGUCCGCGAGCAUGCACGACAAGAUGUUUCAGUUUGAUUCCUGGACGCGAAUCGAAGACUUAUGGUCGUUUCUCCAGCUAGUGCUUCUUCGUUGCACUCUGGAUGCGUUCUUCGGAUCUGCGCUGCUGAAAAAGUAUCCAAAAAUGAUCCGUGACUACCUGGACUUCAACGCUGCGACUGAAGACUUUGUGCAUGGUAUGCCUCGUAUAAUGGUGUCUGGUGCUACAAAGCCACGCGACCGCUUACAUCAGGGCAUGAGAAGUUGGUUAACAGCCACCCGCGCUGAGAUUGAUGAGACAGGUGAGCAUAACGCAGACUCAGUCGAAGAUGACUCUGUGUGGGAUGAAAAGACGGGAUUGCGAUUCAUCUGCAAGCACUACAACGCCUGUAAAGUCGACAAAGUCGAGGAGGUGAACAUCAGAGCAAGAGCGGCGGAGGUGCUAGGCAUCAUACACUCUACCAACACUGGGCUCGUAUCGUCUACAUUCUGGAUGACUAUUGAGAUCAUGCGCAAGUCCCACCUUACCCGUGACAUGAUAGCCAGCGUAGUCCGACACUUGUCCCCCAUAACACACAAGUAUGACGUGCUCGGGCUUGCUCAGGAGCCACUCGCAAAGUCUCUCCAGACCGAAGUGCGUAGACUUCGAACAGGGACUUGUGUAGUACGUACCAACAAAACCGACGGCUUUCCAUUGGACAAGCAAUGGUCAUUACCCAAUGGGGCGACAGUGGCUAUUUUCUCCUACGAUAUUUCUCUCAACACCGACGUGUGGAAGAAGAUCCAGCCUCAAGCUCUUAAAAAGCCGCUUGAAGAGUUUUGGGCUGAGCGAUUCAUGGUACCCGAACAAAAGAGCAGGUCCAAAAAGCAUGUUGGCGUUGAUACGAGCGGAUCUGCUACGCAGGAUCUUGGAGAUUUAGUCACAAGGCUCGUCGCAUGCGAUCAAUAUCCGGGGUCACGCUUUAUCUCAGCCUUGCAAAUGGCCACGUUGGCGGUUCUGUUCGCCGAAUUUGAAGUUCAACUUUGCGACACUGAACAGGUAGACGCGGCUCUACCUCCGAUUCGUGAAUCCGCCUACGGGACGGUAAAGCCCCUGGAAAAGAUUGCAGUGCGCAUAAGGAAGCGGAAGACCUAGAAAUAUCGCAAUACAGGAGCACUAUGAACCGCUCAGCAUUACGGUG